AUGGCCAACGACGAAUACGACUUCCUCUUCAAGGUGGUGUUGAUUGGAGAUUCUGGCGUCGGAAAAUCCAACCUGCUCAGUCGGUUCACUCGUAACGAGUUCAACCUCGAUUCCAAGUCCACCAUCGGCGUCGAGUUCGCUACCCGGUCCAUUCAGGUCGACUCGAAGACGAUCAAGGCCCAGAUCUGGGACACUGCAGGUCAGGAACGAUACCGCGCCAUUACUUCAGCAUACUACCGAGGUGCUGUCGGCGCCCUUCUCGUUUACGAUAUCAGCAAGCACCAGACGUACGAGAACGUCACACGAUGGCUUAAAGAGCUACGGGAUCACGCCGACGCCAACAUCGUCAUUAUGCUGGUUGGAAACAAGAGCGAUUUGCGGCAUCUACGAGCUGUGCCCACAGAAGAAGCCAAGGCUUUCGCGAGCGAGAACCACCUGUCUUUCAUCGAGACAUCAGCCCUCGACGCCAGCAAUGUUGAGCUCGCGUUCCAGAACAUCCUGACAGAGAUCUACCGAAUCGUUUCAAGCAAGGCUCUCGACAGUGGCGAUGGUGCCCAGGCCACCAUCGGUGCGGGCACCAACAUUUCUCUCAGCAAGCCGGCGGACGACGGCGCGAAGAAGAGCGGAUGCUGCUAA